AUGGAGGCGCCUGUGCGGGUGAAGCUGGAGCCAGUGUCGGAGUCCUUCCCGACGCGGUUGCCGGAUCCUGCGGCGUUGAUGUGCAACAAGCUGAUGUCGUGUCCUUCCCUGUCGCUGCAACACUUGCUGGAAGGUUCCGACGCCGAGCGUGCUGAGAAGACACAGCUUUUGACACUGCAGCUGUCGCGCUGCCAUCAGUCGGAGCGCUUCGAUUUCCAGUCUGACGGCGCUGUGUUUUGCACGCUGCUACGGACUGCAAGCACUCCUCUUCAGGCGAAGGUGUGCGAGUUGCUGGUUGCUUACUUGAAGGCUGCCCAAGUGGAUAACGAUUUGGUCGACAACGAUGAAGGUAUACGGUCGGCGGAAUCGCUUUUGUCGUUCUACCGGCUGCUGCACGACGACAUGGUUGAGUAUGCACUCCCCAAUGUCAAGGCGGGUGAUCAGUGUGCUUUGUUUAUCUGCAACUUGCUAUCCAUAUGUUCCUCUCACAAGGUAUUUGGGGCGAUAGUAGACAUGUUUGGGACUAGCGUGCGUUUGCUUUUACCCAGCAACAGCUCCGGCGGUACUGCGCCUGAGCUGUCUGUUGACAAUGCCAGGCGCGUGAUUGGGAUCAUGAAGACAUUGCUGUUUUUGACGAAGGCUUUCGGCGCCCCCACGAUUCCGUCUGAAGCGCUCUGUGGGAUUGCAUCCAGUGUCAUAACAGGAACUCGAACCCAUCUAUGCCGGCUGUAUAGUUACAACGUGCUUGCGUUUUUGUUGCGCAACACCACGAGCGAGGACGAGAUCAAAGCCGCUUUGCCUGAUUUGAGCGCGUCGCAGUUGCGGCGAGUCCUAACACUGUUGAAGGAGGCGAACCAUCUCGGGGACACUACUUCGUGGUCAUUCCAGCGCAAACCUCGUGCCCCGGCAGCCUCACCGCUGCAAGCACCAGCUUCGUCAGCGUCACCUCGCAAUGUCGAGACCGCGACGGCAGUUGUAUCAUCCGAGACUGUGGCUGAGACGUCUGCCGUACCUGCCGCCAUUCAGCAGUUGCCAGCAACUCCGCUGAAGCCUACGGUGGCCGAGAAGCAUUCGUCGCCCGCGCUGCCUACACACCUCAUGUCCAGCGCUAUGACGGACACGGCGCAUGCAGUGGCGGCUGCUGCUACUCCUCUUCCGGUGCGUCGUAACAACGCCGCUGAUGCGCUGAAUGAAUCUGCCGGUAACACCAGUGCGAACAGUACCGUUGUUACAACUGUCACUGCAACCACCAGAGGAGUCUUCCGAGCUAGCAACAGGCCGCCCUUUAAUCGCAACUCCUCUGCUAAUUCGACGGCGGCACCUACAUCUCAACGUCCACUUCCGACUUCGAAUCACGUGGACCAAGCUCCAUCCGCAGAGUCGCAGUCUUCGUCGGUGGAGCUGUUCAAAUCUGAGUGGAUUAAGCGUUUGUCGUCGCAGUUUACGUACUCAGGACAGGACACAAAGUCUGGUAAUUAUGACAGAGAGGCAUGGAAAGCCAAGCGCGAUGUUCUCAUGUCCGUAGUGGACCAAGUGCAACGGGUUCCGUGUAGGUUGAACAUGGGACCCAGCGGCACACAAGUGGUUGGCAUUUUGGAGGGCAUACUCAGAUUCGAGUCUGCGAUUCCAAUAGUGCUAGGAGCGUUACAGUUCUUGGGCAUUUUGCUGGAUAAGUGUGGCGAGGGUUUUAUGCGCCAGGUCAAAACUCCAUGCUUAGCAGAUUUGGUGUUUGACCGUUUGAAGGACAGCAACGGCAAGGUGCAGGGUGCGGCAGUGCAUUGCGUUGCGUGGAUGAUAAAGUACGGGGAUGGUACCAUGGUGUUUGAAGCCGUAAAGAAGUCAUUGUGCCACAAGUCUCCCCUUGCACGCAUUGCCAUGUGCAACAUCAUUUCCGGAACUGCAGUUCUGCCAGAUUCUUUGGACAACAUAUCGCAAGAGCUACAAAGCCACAAAUCGCAAUUGAUACCAGUUUUGAGUUCUCUCACGUUGGACAAAAACGCCAAGGUCCGAUCUGCCGCUAUAGAAAGCAGGCGUGCAUUGGAAGACCCUUCUUGUACGAAGCCAUCUGCAAGACAAACAGCGGUUCCAUCCGCUGUUAUUAGGCCUGUUCCUCCUAUAAAUGGUCCACGUGUAACGGAUGGCGGUGGCCGUCCGGCAUCCAGCCUACGUCCUAAGGUGGGAAACGCGGGUCCUCCUGCUGGAUCUAGGGUACCACCUGGAGGCGCGCCACCUGUUGAUGAUGUUGAAAUGGACACUACCAGUGCUGCGCCGUCGACAACUCCAGCGUCAGCACCAUCAGCGGCGGCGCCCGCGAAACGUAAGUUGGUAAGACGGUUUUUGAAGAAAAGCUUGCGGAAACAUGGCAACGGUGCCGGCGUAAGCGUUUCUGCUCCUUGCGCCACUGCAACAUCUAGUUGUGAAACCGCACCAACAGAAGCAUCUUAUGCUUCUGUACCGUCGAAUGCGAUGGAGGUGGACCUCCCGAUAGCUUCGACGUCUGCGGACAUUGAUUUGGAUGAAACUGUACCUGAUGGCAUGUCAAUGCCCAGCGCCCUCACUGCUCCGCCUGCUGAAGAUCACGUAUCGUCUAGUGUUGUGGAGGGGUCUAAUCUCGAGGAUAUGGACGAUUCGACAAAGAGGUUGGCCGUGGAUGCAAAAGGCGGUGUGGCCACACCCCCAUUGGCAUCGGUGGUCCGCCGAGUCAUGCCUGCAGCCAAAGAGGCUAGGGUGCGCCCUGUGCCUCCCGAACCAAGACUCUCCGAGGGAAUUACAGCAGAUGACGUUUCUACGUUGUUCGUUCCAUCUGAAGCUGAGAGUACGCUGUUGAAUCACGUCGAUUCCAGUAUCCUGAAUAAGAUCUCUCGGCGUGGCUCUUCUCGUCGCAGUUUGGCUGAGGGGCUAUAUGAGCUCUCAAUGUGGUUAAAAGGUCAUUCGGAUCUAGCGAGUGCGUUGGAGCAAUCCAUCUUGCGUUUUCUAGGUGAAUGCACCCACAAUUUCAGUGAGCAGUCCAAGACGGGCAAAGCUGCUUUGUAUUCUUUUAUGGAAGAUUUCAUCGCAUGCGGUGUAACGUCGGAGAGUGCUGCGAUGCUAAUUGCUGCUAUGUCUACUGAUGUGCGUAACCCGAAGGUUGCAUCCCUGAUGAAGCAGCUUUCUGCGAGUUGCGAUAGCAACGCAUUUUUCGCCGCGUUGUUGGUUGAUGGGAAAAGUUCAGCCGAUUCGUGCGAGUCUUCAGCAAUGUUGGAGCUCAUAUUAACACUACUCACACCCGAAUUGGUCGGCAAUUUGAGUGGGACCACUGUCGGCAUUAUCGUGUCAUAUUGUGCACGUUUAUCAUCUUCGGACGGGGGGAACGUAUCCCUUCUAGCCGCUAAGGUUUUGGAUGCGAUAGAUUCAGCUCCAACACCGGAUGUGGAUGAGCAUGUGUCGCCGGCCGCUGAGGUUGAGGCAGUUUCUCGAUCGCCAAAACCAGACGUCCCUACUGCUUCACAGGUUGAUUCAUCUCCCGUACCAGCUCCAGGUUACCGAGCAACUUCUACUGCUUCGUCAGGCACGUCGCCCAUUAAUGAUGGUGUCCUCGCCGCUGCUUUCGAAAUAUGCCUGCCAUCUGCCGUUCGAGAUUCCACUAAAGUUAUCGCCACCCCGUCACCGCCAGCAGGACACAGCGAAGGCUCGUCUAGUUCUCGUCACAAUGCGCUUGACCUCCCUGAUAAGUUCAGCAAUGCGCUUUUGUUCGCGUCCAUGCGUAUGAAGGAGAAGCUUUAUCGUGACCUGUAUUGCUGUAUGUUCGAGAGCAACGGCGAAAGCGGCUUGAUGCGUGCGUGCACGUUUUGGGAGACAUUUUUGCAGCAGCCCCGGGAUUUGCUGAGUGGCAUGCUGUUCGCCGAGAAUAAUGUGCGAUUGGAGCUGCUGACAUGGUUGUGCUGCACUCUGCUUCGUGGUUUGUGUGAAAAUCAAGUUUACCGCUGCUUUGACCGUUUGUUCGCUAAGGUGAAGGAGAUGGGUCUGAAGCUGUCUGUUGAUGAGAGCGCCAGGGUGCUAGAUGCACUUGCCAUUUAUCGGGAGAGAAAUCAGGGCAAUGCACUGCUAUUGUUCGAUCACCUCAUGCAGGUGACCAACGUAACCACCGAAUUGUUGUCGGCAUGCAGCUCUCCCUGUGUAUGGCAAGCCGCCCUCUGUGAGCGUAUGGCAUCCCCCAUUGUUCCCGGUUCUAUGCCAAUUUCGCAACCAGCGUCUCCAGUGUCUCCACAACGGGUAUCUACCGUAGUGAGGUCUGAGGAGGUGCCAAAGACCUCCAGUCUACGUGACAUGGCUUGCACCAGCCCUGUGGCUACAUCCAAUGUGGAUGUCCCAGGGUGCGCUGAGGUUUCGGGGAAAUCGCCGAUGGAUGGGGAGGCAAUUCGCUCUGAUAAAUCGUCUGUAUCAUCUAUUUCGGAAGAGCAGGAGAUAACAGGGCGUAACUCGGUGACGAAAUUCCGCAUUUCAUCAGUUCGGACGUCUACAGAAACUGGCCACAAAACACCGUGUGGUCCAUCUCCAGUUCUAGCAGCAAGCGCUGUCAUCGGCAAUAAAGCGCUCAGUCCAUCUAACAAGGCGGAACAGUUGGUCAAGAUGAAUGGUGAGGUUAGCAUUGGGAGACAUUCCGUCGGCACAGUUGCGGUGGCAUCAACACUUGAUGCCACAUCACCGUCGAAAUCAGCGACUGCUUCGUCUAAAUCGAUUCUGCUAAGCUCAGCAUCGGCGCCGCCAUCAUUCGGCACCAAUUCCGCAUCUAAUACAAGGCAGCGUAUCUCUGUGGUUGUUGGUGGGUCACCUCUCUCCCCCAAAACUCCUCGGUUAUCACAAACGGCACAACAGGGUUGUAACGGGGAAUCGCCAUGCGUAUCCGCACGGUUGCCCGUUGCGAAACAGCCAAGGAUAUCAGAGCCUUUGACUCCAAAGCUGUCAAAGUUACCCGAUGCGCCUUCAACAGAAGUUGUGGAAGCUCCUGAUAAGGUUGUUUGUGACGUGAGAACGGAUCACUUGGUUGUGGACACUGGUCAGAUGAGCCCAAGUCACGUGACCAAUCUGUCUCCAAUUCCCAUGGCCACCACAAAAUCUCGUGAAUCUGGCACAGAAGGCAGACGCAGCGUUACGUUUGCUUUGGAAGGCAGUGUGCGUUGUACGCCCACUGCAGAAAUUUCUCCUCCUUCCGAUGCUUCUACCGAGCCGGGUGCGAUGAUUUUCGAUAACCACGUUUCUGAGAACGUGAGUGGAGAUGGACCGGCGAGUGGUGUUGGAGAAAAGGUCGUGCAUAGCACUGCAUCACCCGUUUUAGACCGCGUAUCGCCAGUGCCACUGGAUCUUGGUCAGGAGGAUCAUGACGAGGAUUACGGAUCCUUCCCAGCAGAUGUGCUGCAAAAAGGUGUUUACCAACGUCACACGGGCAAAGACCCCGUCAGAGGUGUAUCUCUUCAUGCCGAUGCUGUGUCUGACAUGGGUGUGUCCUCACCCGUACGGAACAAGCGUGAAGCCUGUGAAAUCGGCAUCCAAACGACCCCGUCGGUAAACGUGGUCGCUCAGGGCACCGACGAGUGUAUGUUGCCUGCCGAUGUAAUCGGAAAUGACGCUGAAGACGUGCCUCCGGCUUUUGGGGCAGCAACGGCUGUGGAUGUGACGAAUGCCACUACGACUUCCGGAGUCGCAGAUGGUGCAAAUGGGUCUGACAUGGGAUCUAACACAACAAAAUCCGCUGCUACCUAUGGCACUCACGUUUCCGAUGCUGUGAACGGUUCUAUGUACCCAGCUGUUGUGUCCUCCGCCUCAUCGGCCGCAGUGGAAUCGGCACGUAGCUCGGUUUCCCGCAUCCUUUCGCGUCACUUGCGCUGCGAGAGUGUUGAGUCUGACUGUGAAUCUUCCGUGCUGCUGAGACGAUACAUGAAGAUGGUUGAGUCCAUCUUGUCGGACUGUUCGUACAUCGCCAACUUUUGCCUGCUCUCCAACUACCAGGAUUACCACGGUCUUGUGCCUUCCUUUUACGACGAGGGCAUAAUUGAGAGUUGCCUUGAAAGAGCGAAUCGCAUACUGGAGAACCUUGCCGCGUUUCCUGAUCAGCAGGUCGUCUCCGCUCUUUCUCCGGUGUUAGUCGACGCUUGCCACAUCUCGAUUCUUCGAUUGUGUAAGGAAGUUGAGGAUUUUUCUCGAGUAGGCGUGUCUACUGACAAGGUGGUGGAGGCGAUUGUUGCUCUGGUCGAACUGUUCACUAUCGCCUCCGGGCAGCUGGAUGGCCGUUCCCUGUUGCAGUACUGUGCUGUUGUGAUCCACUGCCUCGCGUUGCCCAAGGAAUGCUUCCACCGCAACCUGAAGCUGUACAACGGUCUGAGCAGGCUUAUAUCUGUUAACGCGUUGGAGCAAGGGGUGGACGUGUUAUCGCGUCUGCUGGUGAUAUGUGUGGAGCUCAGCGUGCAAUCGCUUCGUCGGGGCGACGGCGGACGCAUCUUGCUGGCUAUGCUGCGUCUCACCAAGAUACUCCAGGUACAAGUGAUGACUCGUAUGCACUACAAGAAGUGCAUGAGCCCAGUGACUCGCUCGGAACUGUAUAAGAGCCACUCGACAUACGUUGGCAUGUUGCGGGACUACUUGCGUGGCGCCUACUGCAAGUCUACCGUCGAACCACGCCUACAGGAAGCCGUCCGCCAGUCUAGCAAAUUGCUCAGGUCGCUGUGCGAGUCCGGCGAUACAUGA